UCAGCCUUCCCUCUGAAGAACUACAAGAUGAGUGUCUGGAGUUGGCUUACUUUCCCUCAGGGGAUGUUACUGUACCUUGCUCUCCAAACAGCUGCUGUUCAGCUCCCCCCUGAACUUCACAACUGUACCAGCAAUGGUCAGAAAAUCUCCUUCAGCCACUCAUACAAGAUUGACCUACCCAAAUCAUCCCAGAUCAAGGUGGAGGCGGACCCGUUGCCGCUCAAAGAUGACAGUCAUGUGCUGCUUGCUGCUGGGGAUGCGGAUGAGGAGGAGGAGCAGAAUAUCAUAUUCAGGCACAACAUCCGAGUUCAGACACCAAGAGGUGACUGUGAAGCUUUGGGACACAUCAAAGAUCUGCUGGAAAGGAUGAAAAAGAUGGAGGAAGAAAUGAUGGUACUAAAGGAGGCCUGCAGUAUACAGAGGUGCUGUGGGGGAGUUCAAGGUGUCUCGAAUUGCAGUGGACAUGGAACUUUCAUGCAGGAGAUCUGUGGAUGUGACUGUGAUGAAGGCUGGGAGGGCAACGAUUGCUCCCACCCCAGCUGCCCCAACAAUUGCAACAGCAAUGGACGCUGCGUUAAUGGCAAAUGCAUCUGCAGCAAACCCUACGUUGGUGAAGACUGCAGUCAGCGGCUGUGCCCUAAGAACUGCAGUGGCAAUGGGAUCUGCAACAAUGGUGUGUGCCAGUGCUAUAAGGAGUUCAUGGGAGAUGACUGCAGUGAGAAGAGAUGCCCCAACGACUGCAGCGGCAAUGGUUUCUGUGACAGUGGCGAGUGCUAUUGCCACGACGGUUUCAUUGGGCUUGACUGCUCCCAGGUCAUUGCUCCUCAGAAUGUGCAGCUGCUGAAGGCCACGGAAGAUUCUUUGACCUUCAGCUGGGAUCAGGUGCCCGAUGUGGAUUAUUAUCUCCUCAGCUAUUAUCCAAUAGGGCGCGAGGCCUCUGCAGCACAAGUCCGAGUGCCAAAAGGACAGCUCAGCUAUGAGAUCCUGGGCCUUCUCCCUAGCACAAAGUAUCAGAUCACACUUCGCUAUGUGAAGAAGGGGAUUUCCAGUAACCCAGAACACCUACAAGCAAGGACAGCCCUAUCUGCAGUUAGCGCUGCCUGGGUGACAGAGGAGAUGGAGGACUCGCUGGAAGUGGAGUGGGAGAACCCCCCAACAGAGCCAGACUAUUUUAAACUGAGGUUCAGCUCACCGCAAGGGCAGGAGAAGGAGGUGGUGGUGCCUAAAAGCAGUGACCCCAAGAGCAGAUACAUCAUCAGCGGCCUGAAGCCUGGCACAGAGUAUAAGAUCAUUAUCAUAUCUGUGAAGGAUGAGAUUGAAGGAAAACCAUCUAUAGUGAAUGGCCGCACUGGAAUAGACAGCCCAACUAUCCUGGAGACCGACCAAGUGACAGAGGACACAGCUACCAUCUCCUGGAACAGGGUCCAGGCUCCCAUUGACAGAUACAUGGUGAGCUACACCUCAGCUGAUGGGGACACCAGAGAGAUAGCUGUAGGGAAAGACCAGAAUACCACUACCCUGAUGGGUCUGAAGCCAGGCAUGGAGUACAUGAUCUACAUCUGGGCUGAGAAGGAAGGCCUGCAGAGCAAGAGAGCCAACACUAAAGCUGAGACAGAAAUUGACAGCCCAACAAACCUGGUGACGGACCGAGUGACAGAGGACACAGCUACUAUCUCCUGGAAUGAGGUGCAGGCUCCCAUAGACAGAUACAUGGUGAGCUACACCUCAGUUGAUGGGGACACCAGAGAGAGAGCCGUGUGGAAAGACCAGAGCACCAUCACCCUGACAGGUCUGAAGCCAGGCAUGGAGUACCUCAUCUACAUCUGGGCUGAGAAGGGAGGCCAGCAGAGCAAGACGGCAAACACUAAAGCUGUGACAGAAAUUGAUAGCCCAACUAACCUGGUGACCAAUCAAGUGACAGAGGACACAGCCACCAUCUCCUGGAACAAAGUCCAGGCUCCCAUAGACAGAUACAUGGUGAGCUACACCUCAGCUGAUGGAGACACCAGAGAGAUAGACGUGGGGAAAGACCAGAGCACCACCAGCCUGACGGGUCUGAAGCCAGGCAUGGAGUACAACAUCUACAUCUGGGCUGAGAAGGGAGGCCAGCAGAGCAAGAGGACAAACACGAAGGCAGUGACAGACAUUGACAGCCCAAUUAACCUGGUGACCAACCGAGUGACAGAGGACACAGCCACCAUCUCCUGGAACAGAGUCCAGGCUCCCAUAGACAGAUACAUGGUGAGCUACACCUCAGCUGAUGGGGACACCAGAGAGAGAGCUGUGGGGAAAGACCAGAGCACCAUCACCCUGACAGGUCUGAAUCCAGGCAUGGAGUACAUCAUCUACAUCUGGGCUGAGAAGGGAGGCCAGCAGAGCAAGAGAGCAAACACGAAAGCUGUGACAGAAAUUGACCCUCCCAAGAACCUCCGUGUAUCAGAUGUGACACAGUCCAGUGGCAUAGUUAACUGGACACCACCUGCUGCACAGAUCGGUGGCUACACUCUGACCUACCAGGCUCCAGAUGGCACCAGCAAGGAAGUGCAACUGGGUCCUAAUGAGCGAAGGUUCAUACUGGAAGGCCUGGGACAAGGAGUGAGGUACACAGUCUACAUGGUGGCCUUUAAGGGUGACCGCCGGAGCAGAAAGGCAGCCAACACCUUCUUGACAGUUGCCUUCCUCUACCCAUAUCCUGCUGACUGCAGCCAGACCCAGCAAAAUGGGAAUGCCACCAGUGGCAUGUACAUGAUCUACUUGAAUGGUGAUGCUGGCAGGCCCAUGCAGGUGUACUGCGACAUGACCACCGACGGAGGUGGAUGGAUAGUGUUUCAGAGGCGGAACACAGGGCAGCUGGAUUUCUACAAGCGCUGGAGGAAUUAUGUCGAAGGCUUUGGAGAUCCCCUGGGGGAAUUUUGGCUUGGUCUUGACAAAUUGCACAAUCUCACUAGCAGUACUCCCAUCCAAUAUGAGAUCCGGGUGGAUUUGCAAACCUCCAAUGACUCUGCCUAUGCUGUCUAUGACUUCUUCCAGGUGGCUUCAAGCAAGGAUAAGUACAGGCUCUCUGUGGGGAAUUACCAAGGCACUGCCGGGGAUGCGCUGACUUACCACAAUGGCUGGAAAUUCACCACCUGGGACAGGGACAACGAUGUGGCUCUGAGCAAUUGUGCAAGGUCGCACCAUGGCGCCUGGUGGUACAAGAACUGCCACUUAGCUAACCUCAAUGGCAAAUAUGGAGAAAACAAGCACAGUGAGGGGGUCAACUGGGCACCAUGGAAAGGCCAUUUGUUCUCCAUCCCUUACACUGAAAUGAAGAUCCGUCCUCAAUCAUCCAGCAAUGAACCAAUCCUGGGGAGGAAAAAAAGGUCUCAGGCAGGGAAGAGGAAGACGACCAGGGCCUAAAAUGGCCUCCAAGCAGGGCCGAGCCUGUCAAUUCCUGACAAUGGAAUUCCGUUAUUUUGUAACAAAGUGUAAGGACUUGAACAGCUUGUUCCAAUACUUAUGUAACCAAUGCCCAGCCUGCUUCAGCCCCUGCUCUGAGCUCUCUGGGUUCACAACCCAGCCUACUUUAAGCAUUUGGAGGCUAUUGACAAAAGUCACCAGUCACAGAGUGGGAGGGGACUGAUGGGGAAUAUUAACAUUUACAGCUAUUCUGAUAGGCUGAACUCGACAAGGACCUGACUGGUCUAAUGCACACAGGUGACCUAUUUUCACUGAUCAUUAUGAACCUUACAAGCAAGCUUUAAACUUAUGCUGCUGCUUCCCACAAUCCAAGUUGCUGACCCCCCGUAUUUGCAAAUGCCCUUCACUACUAGAUAUUGCUACCAGCUACUACUGUAACUUCUCAGGCCUCAAGGGGGCAUUGUGAAGUUAAAAUGCAUCAUCUUGUCAAGUUAAAAUGCAUCAAGUUAAAAUGCA